CGCUUUGAAACAACCAACGGCCACCACCACCACUUUGCGAUUCGAAGAAUCUCAACCAUGGCGUCUCCUCGAGUCCCCCCCAGUGUGUUGCCCCCCGCCGCGCCAACUAAGCUCUCGUCGCUUCAAGACCUGUCAUUGGACAACCCGGACACCCGCCCGGCGUCCCCCACGGGUCGGACCGGCGCGAAUCGCCGCGCGCCCAUCAACGACGCAUCCGUCGAGCCCGACAGCCACCCGACCGCGCUGUCCCCCGCGACGUUUCCCAAAAGCGCUAGCACCAUCCAAGUGAUUUUGCGAUCGCUCAAGGGGCACUACCUGUUCAGUUCGCUGGGCGAGUCGGAAGUCCACGACAUCAUGCUCGCCAUGUCCAACAUCCAGCCCCCGGCUCAAACUGACGUGAUCGUCCAGGGGAGUGCCGGCAACUGCUUCUACAUCCUCGAGUCGGGCACGUGUGAGAUUUACGUCAACAACGAGGUCGUCGGGCAGUACGUUGGCGGGGACGCGUUCGGGGAGCUGGCGCUGCUGUACAACUGCCCCCGCGCGGCGACCAUCCGGACGAUAACGCCGUGCAGCCUCUGGACCGUGGACCGCACGAGUUUCCGCAAGAUUCUGGCCACAACCGCGUCGACGAUGCAGUUGAGCCGAGUGCAGUUCCUUCAAAACGUCGAAUUGCUCCAGCGCUUGAGUCACAACCAGCUGCAAAAGGUCGCGGCGGCGCUCAAACUCGAGCAGUUUUCGGACGGGUCGUACAUCAUCAAGCAGGGCGAGGAAGGGCACACGUUUUACAUCGUCGUGGAAGGGACAGUGCAGUGCACGACGUCGGCGACCCACGACGGCGUCGAGAAGCCCCUCAUGACCCUCACGAAAGGCCAGUACUUUGGGGAGAUGGCGCUCAUGUUGAAUGAGCCACGCCAAGCCAACUGCGUGGCCAAAGGCACCGUGUCCUGCUACGUCCUCGGGCGGCAGGACUUCACUAACCUCCUCGGGCCGUUGCGCAGCCUCCUCGAUCGGCAGAUGCGCAUUCGUGUACUGCGCAGCGUUCCGUUGUUAAACUAUCUCACCGACGACGAGCUCGACAUCCUCGCCCACGCGCUGCGGGUUGUAGCGUACGAGGACAAGCAGCCAAUUCUCCGCCAAGGCGACAACGGCGAUACUUUCUUCAUCAUCAGUGACGGGAAAGUCUGCGUGCACAAGAGCGGUGUCGAGAUCAUGACCCUCCGGUCGGGCGAGUUUUUUGGCGAACGCGCGUUGCUAAACAACGAACCCCGCGCGGCUGACUGCGUUGCUGUCGGGCGUGUCGAGUGCCUCUGCUUGGACCGCAGCUCCUUUGAAGGGCUCCUGGGCAAGCUGGAGCAUAUCAUGGCUCGGGAAACCAAACGCCAGCAAGUCAUGCAAGAGGCCGCGCUCGCCACGUCCACCAAAGGCGUACCUGCGACACCGGCGCAAAAGAAGUACCGUCUCGCGGACUUUGACAAGGUGCAAACCAUUGGCACGGGCACGUUUGGUCGUGUGCUGAUGAUGAAGCACAAGACCACGGGCCAUACGUUUGCAUUGAAAUGCAUGCAAAAAGCCAACAUCGUGGAAACCCACCAGCAGCGGAACGUCCUGCACGAGAAGGGCAUCGUGGCCGAGUGUGAUCACCCGUUCGUGCUCAAGCUGUACGAAACCUUCAGCGAUUCAGAUCAGUUGUACAUGCUGCUCGAGCUCGUACAAGGCGGGGAACUGUGGGCCCUUCUGUACGAGAAGGCGUUCUUGGUGCCCAAGGGAGUGUGUGGCGCGUUUGACGUGUCAAGCGCUCGCUUUUACGCUGCGAAUGUGGUCGAAGUGUUUCGGUAUUUGCAGUCGCUGGGCGUGGCGUAUCGCGACUUGAAGCCUGAGAAUCUCAUGAUUGACCACGAGGGGUAUUUGAAGAUGGUGGACUUUGGGUUUGCCAAGCACAUUCCGUUCUACAAAGGUGCGCAACUGUGCGAGAAGUCGUUUACGCUGUGCGGCACCCCCGAGUACCUGGCCCCUGAGCUCGUCCUAAACAAGGGGCAUGACAAAUCCGUGGAUUAUUGGGCCCUCGGCUGCCUCAUUUACGAGCUCAUGUCGGGGCGCACGCCGUUCCAGCACCAAGAACAGCAGCGCAUAUUUGAAAAGAUCAUCCACGCGAAAACGGCGCUCAAGUUUCACGCGAAGUUCGACCCCCUCGCCCAGGACUUGAUCACCAAACUGCUCGAGCCCAACCCUGGCCUGCGAUUGGGAUCCCUCGCGGGGGGGAUGAAUGAUGUGGUGAACCAUCCGUGGUUUGCGACGGUGAAUUUCGACUGGAAGGGACUGGUGAAUAAAACCCUUCGGGCCCCCCAUGUCCCCGUGAUCAAGGGCGCGGCCGACGUGUCCAACUUUGACCGGUGUAACGAAGCGCAUUCGGUGGCCAAGUACGCAGGCCAAGACUACUUUGAAGGGUUUUAGAAAAUGUAUUUUGGAUGGAGACGAUGGACGCGCUAUAGUUGUUGAAUACGAGAUGGCUUUUAUAUGGAAA